UGGACAGACACCGCUAGCCAACAGAGGGGGUGGCGUUUGAUUCGGUAAAAACCGAGAUUGAACGAACGGACUGUGGAACCGACGAAGCUGCCCCUUUAAAUCAGGAAUACAGCGCAUUCGGAGGAGGUGAAGGUUUACAGCUGACCAUCUGACCUGUGGUCACAACCACUCCUGUCCAUCUGAGUGACCCAACUCACCUGGUCAGCCCUUCCCCUGCACACACACACCUGCCCUACCUGGUACACCUGUCUACCAACCCAACACACACCUGCCCUGCCUGGUACACCUGUCUACCAACCCAACACACACCUGUUCUACCUGGUACACCUGUCUACCAACCCAACACACACCUGCCCUGUCUGGUAAACCUGUCUACCAACCCAACACACCUGCCCUGCCUGGUACACCUGCCUAUCAACCCAACACACACCUGUCUGGCCACUGGAGCAGACUCCAAUCUGCACACCAUCCACUAGUGGGGGUGUGUGUAUUGAUGGAUCAGGAUGUCAACCAAUAACAACAUCGCCCAGGCCAGGAAACUGGUGGAACAACUGAGGAUCGAGGCAGGGAUCGAACGUAUUAAGGUUUCUAAGGCAGCAGCAGACCUGAUGAGUUACUGUGAGCAGCACGCCCGUAACGACCCGCUCCUCGUUGGCGUCCCAACGUCAGAAAACCCUUUCAAAGACAAGAAACCCUGCAUCAUCCUAUAGCUGCACACUCGUCUCUGCCCAUCAGACACACACACACACACACCUGCCUGUACACACACUCCCACCGACUGACUCUGCAGCAGCCAACAAGGCCCAGCUCUGUCAGGCUAUACAACACACACACACACACACACACACACACACACACACACACACACACACACACACACACACACACACACACACACACACACACACACACACACACACACACACACACACACACAUACACACACACACACACACACACAUAUAUAUAUAAACCUAAACACAGAAAUGAAAUAGCCACUCUGGAGAAGCGUGAAGCGCCAUACUCAAUAGCCACAGCUAGGGGGCGGUGUCUGUGUUUACAGACCACAUUGCCACAUUAGUGAUAUUAGCCCUGAGUUGUGUCUCUGUGGUGCUGAGGGUAAGCCUGCACUAACAUGCAGCCCUACCUGAUACUGGUUACUGACUCACCCACAGAGAUAGUGACACUCAAGUGGAGAUGGCAGAUUUACUUCAAAAAGGGAUUAGGACAAUUAUCUUAAUAGGAAUCCACAGUCGCCUACAUGAAGUUAUAGGCUGAUGUAUAGCAUGUAUUUUAGUGAAUCAAUGAUUUAUUGAUUCAUUGAUUAAUCGAUUGACUGAUAGCAUGUAUCUCUGGGUGCUGUGGAAUGAUGGGUGUAAGGUACAUGAGGGUAAGGAGUGAGGUAGAGGGUGUAUGUGUGACCAAUCUGGUGUAAAACCUGGGUCGUCCAUGUGAUGCAAGAUGUGUUAGCCCUGUCAGCUAAAGCCUAGCCAUUAGCCGUGGAAGCUAAUACAAGUCUUCAGGUCCCAGGCAUGGUUACCCAUCACUAAAGCACCGUGGCUAUACGCGGUGUGUUUGUUAGCCAUAUAGUGGCUGACUUGCCACUCACUUGCUAAGUAUCACAAUGGGGAUGGCCCCUUCCUGAAACCUUGGGUCAACGGUAAUGUCAGUGUUUCCACAAGACAUUGUGUUUUUGUGAACAUAGCAUUGAAACACUGAGCAGGUUGGUACAUGCUGCAUAUGUACCCACUGGGUUUAAACCCGGAUCAUCUGCAAUGCCACAAGAUAGGCUACAUAGUAUAGGCUACAUACUCCCCCACUCUAGAGACAGUUAUCGAUCAAAAGUGUUUCUGCUUUGGUUUUGAAUUCUUGGUCAGUGGGUUUUCUAUAGGCCAAAACUCCAGCUGUGUCGACUUGUGGAGUAAGUUGCUCAUAGACACUGAUCUAAGAUCACUCUUGUGUUUUCCCUCUAAUGGUAAAGGUUAGGAUUUAGGGAGGGUCAUCUGAUACUAGAUCUGUGUCUAAAAGGCUGCCACAGGCAGAUCUUUGUCCACUAAUUGGUCUUUUGACCAAUCAGAUCAGCUCUUUUUGCAAUAAUUGGGCAAAAGAUCCGAUUUGUGCUGCCUGUGUAAACGCAGCCUAAUGAAACCUUUAUCUUGAGUACUGACGAGUACUGAGAGGUUAACUGUGUUCAAGGUUUUAACACCAGAAGUAUAUAUAUGUGUUUUUUUAUUAAUUAUUGUUUCGAUAUUUUGUCCAUUUAUUGCCAUACACUUAGCAGAUACUGUAGGUUUCCAUUCACUGCUUAACUUUACACUUGAGGCAAAAGUUUACCUUAACCACAGAUCUAGGAUCAGAUUAUCAUCCCCAAUCUUAACUUGAACCAUAAGGGGGUGUACAAAUAUCUUAUCCUAUAUCAGUGGUUAUAGAAUUCACUAGUUCUGCCAAUGAGAGCAAGCAUCACAUUAUGGGCUUUGCCUAUUGGCUCAUCAUGUGUUUUAUUGAGGAACAAGAGCCAAUUACAAAGUGUUGUCCCAUCUCCCCACCUCCACAGACCCAUUCCUCUACUCCCAAACCAAACUUGAUUGUAAAAAAUGUAAAAGACACUAGAGAAAAUAAAAAUAAAAGUGUAUAAACUUUCUUUAAGUGAAAAGUGAUAGGUUUUGAGAGUAGCUGUUUGGGGUUUGGUUUGAGUUUCUUUCUAAAUGGAAGCAGGUCAGUCGAGUAUUAUUAUCGAACUGUACAGUGUUUGUAAGAUAAAACUUAGGCCAGAAUUCAAUCAAAGUGCAUCAAACUUUUUCCACAAAAAAUAAAAGGCGCUUUAAUUGAAUGUCAGCCUGUUGCAGAAUCCUUUCUGUGGACGUUCCAUUUUUGCGUAAAUGUUUCCCUUCUGUCAGAAUUUAGUCUGUUUGUUUACUCAUUCAGCUUGAGACAGGUUCACACACACAUACACACACACUCACACGCUCACACACACACACACGCACACUCACACACGCACACGCUCACACACACACGCCCACUCACACGCUCACGCUCACACACACACACACACACACACACACACACACACACACACACACACACACACACACACACACACACACACACACACACACACACACACACACACACACACACAAUCCCCUAGUGACUAAAUGGGGAGCCAACCACAUCUACAAAGCAUGGCCGUAUUCGUAGCAUAGCGUCUUAUACACAGGCACAGCACUGUGACAAACAAACCUGAACCAUUAAAACACUGUCUCUCUCUCUCUCUCUCUCUCUCUCUCUCUCUCUCUCUCUCUCUCUCUCUCUCUCUCUCUCUCUCUCUCUCUCUCUCUCUCUCUCUCUCUCACACACACACACACACACACACACACACAGUUUCCUAAUGUCUUUUACAAUUGAUUAUCUGAGGGACAAUCUUACUAUUUCUUAAUUCAUUCAUUCCAUGGACAGUUAUUUUUGAUUGAUUGAUUGUUUGAUUGAUGGUUUGCCUUGUUGUGGUGUAUUGUGUUGUAUGCUGGUUAGGACCAGGAGUUUUACCUGGUCAAGUCACAUGGUCAGGAACAACAUUCUAGCCCUAGACUUGAGAAUAGUUGAGAGUAUUUGAGUGAACAGUCUUAAAAGAGGACACAAAGCUCUAGAAUGGAAGUCUUGUGGUGCUCCCAUUCCCACAUCAUUCACUAUAGCUGAUCUAGGUCAGUUUCAAGUUUUCUCCCCCUAAAGAUUGUCAGGAUUUGGGGAAUGGAAUCUGAUCCUAGAUCUUACCCAGAAGAACGCUAGAACCCUAAAACUAAUUUCUGUCCCUAGACACUGGUCUCGGGUCAGUUUUACCUGGACUCAUCAAUGUGUUUUUCUCUCCUGUGUAUGCAUAUACAGUAUGUAUCUCUGGUAACACUUUGUUUUACAGUCUCCUUUAACUUGGUAUUUGCUUAUAAAUAACAUGGUAAAAACAUGUGUUUCGUUGCAAGCGAAGACUAUUUGGUCCCAGGUUGAAAGUCCCCAUUGUUACCACAAUGUGUUCCUUCCGGCUGGGACAGGACUGUAAAGUCAAGCGUUACCGUAUCUUUUUGCCUUGAUUAAUUGUGAAUGAUCAGUUAUAGAUUAUGAAGGAAAUGUAAUAUCUAUUUUUUUGUAUCUGGUCGCUCUGAUGUGCCAUAACUCAUGUUUUCUUGCACACUGUUCAUAUUUUACAGUUAAAUACUUUACUGUUAAGACUUUACUGUUCAUAUUUUACAGUUAAAUACUUUACUGUUAAGACUUUACUGUUCAUAUUUUACAGUUAAAUACUUUACUGUUAAGACUUUACUGUUCAUAUUUUACAGUUAAAUACUUUACUGUUAAGACUUUACUGUUCAUAUUUUACAGUUAAAUACUUUACUGUUCAUAUUUUACAGUUAAAUACUUUACUGUUAAGACUUUACUGUUCAUAUUUUACACUUAAAUACUUUACUGUUCAUAUUUUACAGUUAAAUAUUUUACUGUUAAGACUUUACUGUUCAUAUUUUACAGUUAAAUACUUUACUGUUAAUAUUUUACAGUUAAAUACUUUACUGUUCAUAUUUUACAGUUAAAUACUUUCCUGUUAAGAAUUUACUGUUCAUAUUUUUGUGGAUAUUGCUGUUAAAAAAAGAUGAUAUUGAAAAGUAGACAACAGUAAUAAAAAAUAUGAUAAUAACGC